AUGGUCAAUGCACAAAAACUUGAGGCGCACAGGCAAAGAUUGGGACUUGAGGCUGAGACCGCUGCAAGAGGUGCUCAGCAAAAUGUUGUAAACAACCAGCCUAGGGUGGUGGGGGAAAAUGCAUUUCAUCAUGGGCUUCUCGAAAAUGCAUACCCCUUGUGCAAGAUUUUGGAGAAAGAGGUGAAAUUUGUUGUUGAUAAGGCACGUCUAAAAGCCUUUGAAUGCCUGAUGGAGAAGCUGAUUUCUGCCCUAGUGAUCAUUGGCCCAGACUGGGCUAAACCAUUUGAGGUAAUGUGCGAAUCUAGUGGUACUGCCCUAGGAGUUCUGUUGGGGCAGAAGCGCAACAAGAUGUUCCAUCCGAUCUAUUAUGCUAGCAAAUCACUAAAUGGGGCACAUCAAAACUACACAGUCACUGAACAGGAACUACUGGUUGUGAUGUAUGCUUUCGAGAAAUUCAGAGCUUACUUGAUGGGUACUAGAGUGAUAGUCCACACGGAUCAUGCAACUCUGAGAUAUCUCAUGGCAAAUAAAGAUGCCAAGCCAAGGUUGAUCAGAUGGGCGUUGCUGCUUCAGGAGUUUGUUUUUGAGGUUAAGGAUAGGAGAGGUUGUGAGAACCAGGUGGCUGACCACCUGUCUAGAUUGGAUGCUGAAAAGAAAAAGGAACUUGAGCUAGAAAUCAGUGAUUCGUUUUCGGAUAAGCAGAUGUAUAUAUUGGUGGCAGUGGACUAUGUGUCCAAAUGCGUUGAGGCAUCUCCUUCGCUUGAGAAUGAUGGCAAAACUAUUGCUAGCUUUCUGAAAAAGAAUAUCUUCUCAAGGUUUGGUACACCUAGAGUUAUUAUCAGUGAUGGUGGUUCCCAUUUUUGCAAUAAGGUAUUCAAUUCUCUUUUGGCCAAAUAUGGGGUUAAACAACGAAAGGUGGCAACACCUUAUCACCCGCUGACCAGUGGCCAAGUGGAGGUUUCCAAUAGAGAAAUAAAGGUGAUUCUGGCGAAAACAGUGAAUGCCAACAAGACAGAUUGCACACGGAAGUUAGAUGAUGCUCUAUGGGUAUAUGAGACAGGUUUCAAGACGCCUAUUCGUAUGUUUCCAUAUCAAUUGGUGUUUGGAAAGACAUGUCAUUUGCCGGUUGAGCUUGACCAUAAGGCACUCUGGGCUUUGAAGAAGCUAAAUCUUAGUUGGAGUGAAACUAGAAACCUGAGACUGGAUCAAAACAAUGAGAUGGAUGAGUUUCACUUGAGAGCAUAUAAGAGGUCUGCGCUUUACAAGGAAAAUAUUAAUUUUGUAACGACCUGA